UUCCGGUGUUAUCAUGUACUGAAAUCAGGCAGAGACACGCACACACGCUGAAACUUCCUCUCUUUUGGUGACACAAGUCACUUAGUAUGAGACGGACUUUCACAAUCACAGCCUGAAGCUUCUCGGUCGGAUCAGUGAUUUUGCACAAAGAUGACUCAGACAAACAUCAGUUAUGUUACCAGCAAAGUCCCAGAAGAGCCGGUUGAACCGUGUUCCAGGGAUGAUGAUAACAAACUGGGAGCAAAUCUGUCUUACAUUUACUACUUCAUGUUUGUCUUCAGUGUUAUCACCAACUUGCUGGUUUUGGUUGUCAUCCACCGGUUCGAGAGGCUGACCACUGUGAUCAACAUCUUGCUGGUCAACCUGGUGACGUCCUCCCUGAUCUUAAUGAGCAGCCUUCCCUUCCAGGCCGCCUCCAUGCAGACCUUUGACUGGACUUUUGGCUCAGCUAUGUGCAAGACCCAGACGAGCUCACAGACACUUCAGUCCAACUGCCUUCACUUUGGUACCGGAGCUCUGUUAGACUCAGAGAGGCUGUCAGAGUCACUGCCUGAAGCUGCUGUCAAACACAAGAUAUGA